AUGGUCGGACCAAGAAGGCCACAGUUCGUGUUGUUUGGUUCCUCAAUUGUUAAAUGUAGCUUUCGUGAGGAAGGCUGGGGUUCCAUUCUUGCUGACAAUUACUCGCUUAAGGCAGACAUAAUUUUGCGAGGAUAUGGUGGUUGGAACUCCAGAAAAGGCAUGGCAGUACUCGAUCAAGUUUUUCCAAAAAAUGAGGUAGUGCAACCAUCUCUGGUGAUAGUUUAUUUUGGAGGUAACGACGCGACGGAUCCUCGUCCAGAUGGCCAAAGUCCUCAUGUACCUUUGCCUGAGUAUGUUGAAAAUAUGAGGAAAAUCGCUAUGUAUCUCAAGAGUCUUUCAGAGAAGACACGCAUAAUUUUUCUUUCUGCUCCUCCCGUGAAUGAGGCUAAAAUUAAUGCAGAAUCUAUUUAUCAGGGAACAAAUGAAAUGUCCCAAAAGUACGCACAAGCUUGUGUAGAAAUGUGUCACGAGAUGGGGAUUAAGGCUAUUAACCUUUGUACUGCAAUUAUGAAGCAUAGUGACUGGCAAACAACAUGCUUAAUAGAUGUGAUACAUUUAUCAUCUAUCGGGAACAAAAUUGUAGCAGAAGAGAUAUUGAAAGUCAUAAUGGAAGCUGAUUGGAAACCGAGUUUAUAUUGGGAAGCUAUGCCUAAUGAGUUUUCUGAGCUUUAA